CUAAACUUUAACCCAGGCUCAGGGUCUGGGUGAGUCUCCACAAAAAGCAGCGGGUACCCCCCACUCCUCAGUGGCUGUGAGUAACGUGAGCACAGAGAGUGCAAACGGCCACCUGCUCUUGAUUGGGGUCCACAGAACAGACCCAAGAUGCUGGCGAGGAGCCAUCGGCAAGCCUUUGGUUUCUCACUCCUGGUCAAGCAGGUGUGGGGGCCUCUGCGGCCACAGCGUCUGUGUUCUCAGCACUCCCGUGCACUCCCUUUGCACCCCCUCUGGACAGGCCUGGUCCCCAUGUCUGGGGGCACCCAGCAAUCUCCAAUCAACAUUCAGGGGAAGGACAGUGUCUACGACCCUCUGCUGAAGCCUCUCCAAGUGUCCUACACCCCGGCAUCCUGCCUCUACGUCUGGAACACCGGCUACUUCUUCCAGGUGGAAUUCGACACCACCGAGGGGUCAGGGAUUAGCGGCGGGCCCUUGGAAAGCCACUACAGGCUACAGCAUUUCCACUUCCACUGGGGAGCAGAAAACGAGUGGGGCUCGGAGCACACGGUGGACGGCCAGGUGUACCCAGCAGAGCUGCAUUUAGUGCACUGGAAUUCUGUGAAAUACCGAAAUUACAGGGAAGCUGUAACCGGCGAGAAUGGCUUGGCCGUGAUAGGCGUGUUUUUAAAGCUGGGAGCCCCUCACCAGGCCCUGCAGAAGUUGGUGGACAUCUUGCCGGAAAUAAAGCAUAAGGACGCUCGGGUGGCCGUGGGCCCCUUCGACCCCUCCUGUCUGCUACCCACCUGCCAGGACUACUGGACAUACGCCGGCUCCCUCACCACUCCCCCGCUGGCCGAGUCUGUCACCUGGAUCAUCCAGAAACAGCCCAUUGAAGUGGCACCCAGCCAGCUCUCAGCAUUUCGCAGGCUCCUGUUUUCUGCAGUUGGUGAAAAAGAGAAAAUGAUGGUGAACAACUACCGUCCUCUGCAACCCCUGCUGAACCGGAAGGUGUCCUGCCUCUCCAUGCCUUUAGCCACCUCACAGUUCCCGGCCAGCACUGAGGCAGGAACUGGCAUCCUUCGGUCCACAUUUCAAACCCCAAGGUGCAUCAGUGUCCCAGGGCUGCUGAAGCAAAGUGCUACAAAUUCGAAGGCUUAAAACAAGAAAUUGGCUCUCCAGUGUCCCAGGAAACCAGAGCUGAAAUCCACGUGUCAGCAGGCUGGCUCCCCACGGGCUCUGGGGGAGGGUCCUUGUCCCUGCCUUUCCAGCUUCUGAGGACAUUGGCCCAACCUGGAUAAUCUAGGGGCUCUCCCCAUCUCAGGACCCUCAGCUUAAUCACACCUGGAAAGUUCCUUUGCCAUGUGAAGUCACAUAGCCACAGGGUUAGGGUUAGGGUUAGGAUGUGGCCAUCUGGAGGACCACUAACUGUGAGUGUCCCGGCAAAGAGGAAGGAGGGAGUGAGGUGAGAGGGCCUUGGGGUGCCCCUGGGCAGGGCUGGGGCAAAAAGUCCCAUGCCCAUACUCAGCACCUGUGCUACGAUGCUUCUCAGGACCAUCCAUGCCCUUGAACUUGGUUCAGAGCUUGGUCUCACAGCACUGAGGAAGGCCAGGAGGCCAUCAGCUGACUCAGGCCCCUUGAAAACCCACAUUGGAAACUCCACCCAGCAUCGUCCAUGCCAUCAGCUGGGGAGGAGGGAAACGUCGCCUUUUGUUGGGAUCACUACCUCUCCCACCACUGGGAGAGGUGACUCUCAGUUCUUGGACCUUGCCCUGGUUUUUAUGCCUUUGGCUUCCACACUGAGUAUCCCUAUGAAGGUCACCUCAGGCACCCUCUGGCUUGGAUGACUUGUCCUGUUCCGAGAGGGCAGAGCUCCAGGCCCUGCACCCUCCUACCUCCUUUCCCUCCCUGCAGGUGUCUCAAGCCCCCUGGGGCACCCAGCGAAUCUGCCUCCUCACGGAAUAUCUCCGAGGCUGUCUAUCACUGAAACUGGAGUACA